AUGGGUAACGUACCAACUAAGUUAGAGCAAGAUGAUUUUGCUACGUUGAAUUCUAGGAAUGAUAAUGGACAGAAGCCAUAUAGAUCAGUCUCCAAUGCAAGUGCGAUGUCUUCGGGGUCUGUCACAAAUGAUACUACUAGGUCUCGUAGGGCUACUUCGGUUGUUGGUAGUUUAUUAAGUUCUAGUGGGAUGUCUAGAGCGGAUGCAUAUGGUGUGAACGCAUUCCGUCGCAGGUCGACCAAAGAGCGUGAGUGGUCUAAGGAGUUGCAUACAAAGCAUUUGAUUGUAAGGCAUGAUAGUUGCGUUGAUGGCGGGUAUUUAGCUCCCUACGGUUGCUAUAAACUCGAAAAACUCGACUAUGACCCUGAAAUAGUACAGAAUCUAAUUGUUGGAAGGAAGUUGGCUCCCUUUUACACUCCGUUGCAGGAGUAUUGUGAGGACUGGACGCGGAGUGAACUUAUUAAGGUUGUGGAUGGACUUAGCUUGCACGCCGCAUACGAAGAAGAUAGUGAAGAAUUAGACUGGGCCGGCUUAAGAAAUAAAGAUAUUGAGGACAUAGAUAAGUUGGUCGACAAAACUCUUUCUAGGCGCGAGCAGCGCAAACAGCGCUAUAAGAUUUUUAAGGCCAGACUGUACUAUAAACAGAUAAUGUGGCAGGAGGCGGAAAACCAAGCCUUCCUAGAGCUAAAGGUUAAUGCAGCGCAGACGGGGGUUUUAAAUAAGUGGCUUCCAAGUGAUGACUUGAAAUAUGACAUGUACAGUAACGGUUCGGAGUGCCCUAUUUGUUUUCUUUAUUUUCCAGAGCCUAUGAACUUAUCGAGAUGCUGCCUACAGCCUAUCUGCACAGAAUGCUUCGUACAAAUCAAACGGAAACCUCCCCAUUUCCCACAUGAUGAAGUAACUCCAACGCAGGGGCAACAGCCUGACGAUCAAAAAGAUCCUAACCAGUUAAUCUCACUCCCUGCUAGCUGUCCGUACUGCGCCACGCCAUUUUUCGGAGUAACAUAUACCCCGCCUCCGCACCGUACAUUAGGUAUUCUAGGAAACCCACCAAGCAUGUACAAAUCCCCUCCACAUACCAACAAAAAACCUGAAGAGCCUCUCCGCAGGCAUUCAGUGGACCACGAGCAUCCCUCCGUGGUAACGUCUGACAUGAUUCGUCCGGACUGGGAAACGGAGCUUAUGAAGGAAAGGACCAAGCUGGCGCGUCGUGCUGCAAAUGCUACCGCCAUUCAUGUUAGCAACAGAUUAGUUGAUCCUGGUCAUCAGGGCGGCUAUUCUUAUAACCUUGGCAGCGGAUCAUCUACCUUUGCCAGUCAUAAUUCUAUUGUUGAUGAGCUAGAAGAAGAAAUGAUUAGACAUGCUAUGAGAUUGAGUUUAUUAGGCAGCAACCAGGACACAAGAGCUGCCAGUGGAUCUGUCUAA